AUGGGAAGAGCUCCAUGCUGCGACAAGGCAAACGUAAAGAAAGGGCCAUGGUCGCCUGAAGAAGAUGUGAAGCUUAAGGACUAUAUCGACAAAUAUGGCACUGGUGGCAACUGGAUCGCACUGCCUCAGAAAAUUGGGUUGAAGAGAUGUGGUAAGAGUUGCAGACUGAGAUGGCUUAACUACUUAAGACCAAACAUCAAACAUGGUGGCUUUUCUGAGGAAGAAGAUAGUAUCAUCUUGAGUCUUUACAUCAGCAUUGGAAGCCGGUGGUCUAUAAUUGCAGCUCAGCUUCCUGGAAGAACAGACAAUGAUAUCAAGAAUUACUGGAACACAAAACUGAAGAAGAAGCUGCUUGGAAGACAGAAACAAAUGAAUCGUCAAGACUCGAUUGCUGAUUCGAAUGAAAACAAUAUCAGCAACAACAACAACAACAAGAGUCCUCAAAAUCUGAGUAGUUCGGCACUAGAGAGGCUUCAGCUUCACAUGCAGCUUCAGAAUAUACAAAGCCCUUUCUCUAGUUUCUACAACAACCCUAUCUUGUGGCCCAAGCUUCAUCCACUACUGCAGAGCUCUACAACUACUCCUGAUCAAAACUCCAAGCUUGGAUCCCAAGAAAGCUUCCACCCUCUAGAAGUUAACGUUGCUCAUCAGAACAAUGGAGUCUCUCCUCUCUUUUCAGAGAGCGUAGAGCAAUCCCUAGCUCACGGAUUUCAACCUAAUUUCGGUUUUUCGCAGGAUCUUCAGUUAGAUAAUCAUAACAUGAACCUUAUGAACAGUGGUGGUUCUAAAGAGUUGUUUCAAGUGGGCAACGAGUUUGAGCUAACGAACGGUUCGAGUUGGUGGUCGGAGGAAGAGAGGAAAGCAACGUCUUCGAGUUCUUGGGCAUCAACUUCUGUUGUUGAUCAGACGACGGAAGGGAUGGUUAUGCUUCAAGAUUACGCUCAGAUCAGCUACCACAGUGUGCAAUAAGUCAUAUCAUGCAUUUAUACAUGUGCGUAUAGCUUAUAGGAAUGGAUUAUUGAUGAAUUUAUGUAUUAUUAAUUACGGUCAUAAGCUUAUAGCAUGUUUCGAGGGUGAAUGUUUUUUUUCAUAAUAUGUUUUCAAAUGUAACGAGGUGUGGAUAAUAAUAAUGUAAAUCGUUAAUUCUACUUGCU